GAGGCUUGGAGCACCGUGGAGGACAGAGGGAGUGUCGGCUGCCUAGAGGAGCAGCCUGACGUCCCAUGUGAAUGACUUGAAGAAAGAAAAACACACACACACACACACACACGAGCACGCACACACACACACACACAAACACACGGACAUACACACUGACAGCAGCGCAGCAGGCGAGACGACCCCGGAAAACGGAGGAGACUCGUUUUUCUUUUGAAACUUCUUCCCCCCCGUCCUUCACCUGUAUGGCUGCGUGACGACCAAAGCGACUAAGUAAUGGAGAGCUCCGUUGAAGUGUCCCAGAUGGCUGGCCCUAAGCCUUCUGUGGCCACCAAACCUCGACUCACUCCCAAGCCCUUCUCCUUGCAGAAGAAUACCACCAUUCGCUCCAUCAAUGCCCCAAAGGCCACUGGUGUAACCCCUAGGACGACGACACAGCGCAGCGAUAAAUCUAAGGCCAAACCGCCCGCCUCCACCCCGGCUCAGAAACCCCCUAAACAAACCCCCGCCUCCGAUUCCCAACCCAGCCCUGUGAGUGUGCUCAAAGAAGAGCUGCCCAAAACAGCCAGGGAAAGGAAAGCAAGCCCAGAUGGAGAGGACGCUCCCGAUUCUGGUGUAGGAAAAUCUGAUCCAGUCACACAAACCGCUCCACCAAAAGAGACACCCAAGUCCGAGUCAAUCCGUAGAGAUGAUGUCAACCAAGCAAACCGCGACGCAUCCAGCGAUGUUGUAAACACACCACAGAUACACGGAAAAAAGAAAGGAGACGAGACUCCGACUUCUGCCGUCCAAAAUAUUCCAGAGUCAGGAAGCAACGCUCCUUCUGCAGACAACGCGGAGAACCGAUGGGGCGGCGGCAGGAAGCGCCUGUCCAUGAAGCUCACCUCAAAGUUUGAGUCAGUAGGCGUGUCUGUGCCCCCUCAGCCAACCAUACCUGCAACCAGCACCAAAGAUGAUGCCAGCAAACCAGAGGUCCCGGAUCCUGAGCCGGGCCACGCAACAUCGAAGCCCUCAGACAGAGAGAUUGACGAAGGUGCACCGAGGGAGGAAUACAGCGGAGGAGGCAGCAUAAAGCGCAGAAUCAGUCUCCUGUUUGACUCGUCGUCGAGGCCAGAACCCAUGACAAAGAGAGACGAGCCAGAGGUUGUAAACAGUACAGAAGGUGUGAAGGGUGUAAAGGAGAGAAUGAAAAUCUGGGCCAUGGAAACGUCCCCAGACGGUACGAAGGCUGAGAAGCCGCCUCGGGUUGCACCGCGAAAUCGCUCAAAGAGAUUACAGCCAGCAACCGCUCCAGCAGCGGUGAAAACCCCCCAAAUACCAACUGUUAAACCUCCCGUAACGGGGGCGUUGUCCAGCCAGCCAGUGGAUCUUCCUUCAAAGGUGUCCCCUGCUGAACCGCCCACAGAUAUUCCAAUGGAGACAAACAAAGACGCUGCCCCUGAGGAUGAGUUGUCGAAAAGCUGGAGAGUAGAACAUGUGCAAAACCCAUCAAAAGAUGUCGAUGUCCAGCUACGCAAACGUAGCUCCUUUAAAACCCACACUGCGGCUGAUGAGGGAGUCUCGGCUGAGGGGGACAGUGCUCAACACGCUCCAAAGAGGGACAACGCCAAACGCCGCUCCGUCCGCUUCAGCGUCGUGGAGAGAGACGACGGCGGGCCGCCGGUGUUCCUGGGCUCCGCGUCUGACUCCAGCGACGAAGAAGAAGAAGGAGAGGCUUCUGAGGAUGGAGCUGAGGAGGAGAUCCCUGUUUCAGUGCCUGUCUAUAGACGAGUAGGAGGUCUUCAGAGGAAAGAUGAUGAUGAUGGUGACAAAGAAGGGGAACGACUGAAACAUUUGGAAUUUGAAAAAAAGCGGAGAUCAGAGGAGCACGAUCAGCCAGAACUCAAGAUGGAAGACGAGCUGAAACGAAAAGAAGAAGAAGAGGAAGAGGAUGAAGAAGAAAGGGAGAAAGAAAAGGCUAGGCAGAAAAAAGAGGAGGCAAGGAAACAAGACAGUCUGAAAGAGGAGCGCUUAGAGAGACAGAGAAGGGAGGAAUGGGAGAGAGAACAGUUGAUAGAAGAGGAGAGGAAACAGGAAAGGUUCAGAGAGGAGGAGAUGGAGAGGGAAAAGCAGAUGGAGAUGCUGCUGCAGAGACAGAGAGAAGAGGAAAGAAAGAGUGCGAAGCAGAAAGAGCAGAGACUUAAACAAAAUCAGGAGGAGAGGGAAAAAGAAAGGCUGAAGGAGGUGGAGAGGAAAGAGGAGAGACUGAGGCAGGAAAGAGAAAAACAAAAGUUUAGCGAGGACGCGAUUAAUGAAGAGAAAAAAAGAGAAGACGAGUGGGAAAAAGAGUGGGUGAAAAAGACAGAGAGACUGAGGGGAGAAAAGGAGAAGGGAGGAGAGAAUGAUUUGGGGCUGAUGGAGCAGAGACAGAAAGAGGAGAGACUAAGGGAGGAAAGAGAAAGACAGAGGGGAAGAAAAGAGGAGAGAUUGAUUGGCAACCAUGCGGAUUACCAUUUGGAGGGAAAACUGAGAGAGACUGAAAUUAACAAAAAGAAACAAAGAGAGGAGGAGUGGGAGAAAGAGUGGGUGAAAGUGACAGAGAGGUCAAGAGGAGAAGAUGAAGAGGAGGAGUUGAUGCUGCAGAGAAAGACAGUGGAGGACAGGGAGAGGGCGAGACAGAACGAGGAGAGACUAAGACAAGAGGAGAGGGUGGAGGAAAGAUUAAGAGACGAAGAGAAGGAAAGAGAAAGAGAGAGGCAACGCAGGCUGAAAGCACAGCAAGAAAAAGAAGAGACAGAGAGGAAGAGGCAGGCAGAGCAAGAAGAAGAGAGGAAGAGGCAGGCAGAGAGGGAAGAGGAGAGGAAGAGGCAGGCAGAGAGAGAAGAGGAGAGGAAGAGGCAGGCAGAGAGGGAAGAGGAGAGGAAGAGGCAGGCGGAGCAAGAAGAAGAGAGGAAGAGGCAGGCAGAGAGGGAAGAGGAGAGGAAGAGGCAGGCAGAGAGGGAAGAGGAGAGGAAGAGGCAGGCGGAGCAAGAAGAAGAGAGGAAGAGGCAGGCAGAGAGGGAAGAGGAGAGGAAGAGGCAGGCAGAGAGAGAAGAGGAGAGGAAGAGGCAGGCAGAGAGAGAAAGAAUUGAAGCGUUGGUACGGCAGGAAGUGGAUCAAAAGCGAGAACAAGACCUGGAGGAAAAGUUAAGACUGGAGGAGGAGAGAGGAAGGGAAGAAAUAGAGAGCGCAGUGGACACAGCAAAGUCUAAUUUAAUCCGCUUUGACUCCAAAGAUGUGCCUCCAAAGUCAGAAUUCCCAAAUUCCCCCACUGCAAAAUCCUCUCAGCCCACAGAGGGUCAGCUGAAAGUCGUGUAUGACGACUUCUCCGCCAGGCCGCCUCUGGCUCAAGUUGUAUUUGACGACUUUUCAGUCAAACCGAAGCGAUGGGGCUCGCAGGCUAAAGUGGAAACCAGUCCGCUCAGCAACAGUCGCUCAGCUGUCUCUGCGGAUAAAGAAGAAGUUCAGGUGACGCUGGAUGUCACAAAUAGAGCGCUGGAGCAGGUGGAGAAACCAGGGAGCGCUGAGCCUACAUUAAGCUGGGAAAAUCCAAAGAAAGAAGAGGAAGAGCUCAUCUCCAUGGAGGAGGACGAGGAGGACGAGGAAGAGGAAGAGGAGGAAGAUGAAGAGGAGGGAGAAGAAAAGGAGACCCAGAGGGAGGAUGAAGUCGACGAAGAGGACGAGCAGGAGGCACCAGUCAACAGUUAUAGCACAAACAGCGAGGACACUGACGCUUUGAUAGACAAUGAGCCAGACGACCACAAUGAGGCUCCCGAACAGACAUCUGAAACAGACGGGCCAAAGCUCGUCCCUGACCAGGUUCCGGAAGUCUCUGAGGACGUUGAUGCCACUGAUUUUCCCAGGGAGCCUGAGCACGCUCCAUUCCCUGAGAGCUCCACCGAUCUCCUCGACACCAGCGCGCAGAGAUCGAAGGCCGAUCUGGGGAAAAGGCGGAAUCGGACACGUCCGCCACGCUCGCUGCGUGGAGGUUUUUCUCAUUUGGAAAGCACGGACUGGAGGAUCGACGACUCCACAGAUGAAAAGGAGGUAUCUUCCAAGCAGAGGGAAGUAGACUCUGAGGAUGAGCAGCCAAAACCGAAAAUAAUCUGUUCUCCUCCUCCUGCCACCUCUCAGAGAGUCCCCAUGUUUUCUGGUUUGAACCCCGCAGCCUUAAUAGCUCAGUUAAAAAAGAGGACAAGUGGAGGAAGAACUGGUGGAGGAGACAAAGCAGAAGAAAACAAGGGACGGGGUGUGAAGGAAAGUCGAAAGGAGGAAGUUGCACCAUCUCCCUCACAACUGCCGCGCUCCCCUCGCUCUGCCGCUCAUCUGGCGGGGGCCGCUCGAGUGCUGCCUCCCUUAGGCGCCAGGGACCAAGGGGCCGUCUCCUCUCCCGCUUGGCUGAAAGAACUGAAGUCCAAGAAGCGCCUGAGUCAGUACGACAGCGGGACUUAGCCACACGCAGGAGACACUGUGGCUUUGCUGUUCAGCACGAAUCGAUCCAUCUCAGCUGCUGAUGCUGACAGACGCCUUGCCAUCAUUGCUCCAUUUUCAUCUUUGAGUGCCUUAAUUUGGAUCCUUACUGAGAUAUGCAGCAGCAGGAGUGUUCAGGCUUUUGCUUAACUUUCCUGGCUUGUAAAGGAAAUAUGGUGCCACUGCUUUUUGUGCCAAGACUGUGACGUGUUAAUGCCAAGUAGAUGUUUUAUCUACUGCCGUACAGAGGCUCAAAGGAGGGGGAGGAAACUAACGUCAUUUAGAGCAAAGCCAUGGACUGUUUUACUGUUUGAAUGUUUUAGUCCAUCAUAUAGUGACAGGGACUGAUGACACUAGGCCUUCAGCAGGAUAUCUACAUAUGUAUGUACAGAAAAUGAUGACUAUAAAUAAUGUAUGCCACGUUGAGUGUGUUUAGUUUAAAUUGUACAAAAGGCCUUUUAAAUCUUUUCAAUCGCAGAUUGUCUCAAGUACACUUUCAAGCACUUUAAAAUAUAUAUAUAUAUAACAAAUUACCGUCCAUACAGUACAGCCAAGCAAUAGAACUAAUCAAGGUCUCAACUGUAGUAACAUGGUCAUGAGAAUUUUUAUAUUUGUUACACCAUGAAUAUCAGUCAUCUUUUUCCAGGUCCAUACAACUUAAAGAUAUACUUCAUGUUUUAUUUCUUGGAAAGGCCCAAUAGCUGGUCAAAAAAAAAUCAACAAUGAGCUUGGAGGGAAUUUUGAGCAUGCUAUAACAGAACCAGAAUCUGUGCUUUGGGACAUCUUUAACCCAGAUUACUUCACUUGAUGUUUUUAUGUGCAUUUUUGAUGUUAAGGAGUCACUGUCAUCAAUGCUGUAAUUGUUCAAAAUCAACAUGCUGUAUGACAAAAGGAAAUUGAGGGAAUUUUAUUAAAACUUUUCUAUGAAAUGCA